GGAGGACUGGGGAAGUCCCUCCCCUACUACAUAAAAGGUGCCAGCUGUGUCUUCAGGGGGCAGAGGAGCAGAGGGAGCCUGUCAGGUGUGAAUCUUUGCCAUUUUCCCCUGCCUGGCUUCUCCUUCUGAUCCUUGCCUACAGGUUAUCCUUGAUUUACAACCGUUUGUUUAGUGACCGUUCUAAGGGCCAUUUUCCAGACUUUUCACCAGCGGAGGCGAUUAACAGGGUCUGCUGAUUCCCAGGUCUGGAUUGAGGAGGAUGAGGGCUCUCUGGAUAGUGGCCGUGUUGCUGGUGGGCGUCGAGGGGCACCUGCUGCAAUUCAACAAGAUGAUCAAGUUUGAGACAAGGAAAAACGCUAUUCCCUUCUAUGCCUUUUACGGCUGCUACUGUGGCUGGGGGGGCCGAGGCCGGCCAAAGGACGCCACUGACCGCUGCUGCUUUGUGCAUGACUGCUGUUACGGAAAACUGGCCAAGUGCAACACCAAAUGGGACAUCUAUCCCUACAGCUUGAAGAGUGGAUAUAUCACCUGCGGAAAGGGCACCUGGUGCGAGGAACAGAUUUGUGAGUGCGACAGAGUCGCCGCAGAAUGCCUCAGAAGGAGUCUGAGCACGUACAAGUAUGGAUAUAUGUUUUACCCGGACUCUCGUUGCAGGGGGUCUUCAGAGACAUGCUAAGUCUCUGCAGGCCGGGAAAAACCCCUCAAAUUACACAAAGUAGUUGUGUUAUUCUGAAUGCAAUACUGACUAAUAAACAGGUGCCAGCUUUGCACUCCA